AUGGCUGCUACAGCGGCUGCAACUGAUCGAUCACUGAGCCACACACAAAUCAAGGCUCAUAUCCCCAUUACUCUGGAUAUGAAUCAGAUGAACUAUGAUUUAUGGCGUGAGCUAUUUGAGACGCACUGCCAUAGUUUCUCUGUUUUGGGCCAUCUCGAUGGUACCACUCCCUCCACCGGACCAGAGGAUACCACAUGGUCACAAACCGACGGCACCGUCAAGAUGUGGAUCUACGACACCAUCUCCGAAUCUCUUCUCAAAUCAGUGCUCAAAACUAAGAGCACCGCGUCGGAGCUCUGGAAAUCGAUCGAGGAUCUGUUUCGUGACAACAAAGAGGCUCGCGCAAUCCAACUCGAUAACGAACUUCGCCAAUUACGGAUCGGCGAUUUACCCGUUCAUGAGUACUGUCAGAAACUUAAAACUAUCUCCGAUCUUCUGGCCAAUGUGGACUCUCCGGUUACCGACAGGCAGCUCGUCAUGCAUCUUCUCAAUGGUUUGAGCUCCAAAUUUGAUAACAUUAUUAAUGUGAUCAAGCACCGGUCUCCUGCGUGUACCUUCAGUAUGGCUCGCUCCAUGCUCAAAGACGAAGAAGACCGCUUGAACACAAAACGACAGGCUGAAGCAUCUCACCAUGAUACUGCUUCAUCUCCUCAGAUUUUGGUGGUUUCGGCUCCUCCACCAUACCAAUCCCAUCGGCAAUCUGGCUCCACGGAUUCCCAAUUUCACCAGAAUCGUGGAAAUCGUAGCAAUCGCGGUAAUCGUGGAGGUCGGAAUUCGAAGGGUCGUGGCAAUAACCAAUGGUCAGGAGGAAACUGGAACUCUGGGCCACCUCCACCGUGGGCUUGGCCCACUCCUUCAUGGCCCAUGCCUCCUCCUUGGGCUUCACAGCCUCAAUGGCCCAAUCAACCUCACUGGCCGAAUCCGUCUUGGCCAAAUCAGUAUCCCUCCGUCGCGUCUCGACAUCCGACUCCAACGCCUCCUUCCCCGGGACUCCUUGGUUCCACUCCACGAUCGGCGUAUGUUGCGACGCACAACUCCUCCACCACUUCGAUGCCGGACCAAUCGUCAGACCUGAUCUCGACGGCUCUAGCCAACGCAUUUAACACCAUGACUGUCUCAGAUCCAGGCGAUGCUGGUUGGUAUAUGGAUACCGGUGCCACCGCUCAUUUAACGGCUCAACCUGGUAAUAUUUCUUCCCUUUCCUCUCAGGCAUCUUUGCCUCUCAUCACCGUAGAUAAUACUUGUUCUGUUGAGUUUGACCCAUUUGGUUUUGUUGUUAAGGAUCUCAAUACCCGAGUACCUCUCAUCCGAUGUAAUAGCAGUGGCUCUUUGUAUGCCGUUACCAAACCUCAGUCGGCACCAUUGUCACAUGCUCUCAUCACCACUACAUCGCCAUCUCUAUGGCACCAGCGUCUCGGCCAUCCCGGCGAUGCUAUUUUACGCUCUUUAUCUACUGCUGGUCCAAGCUCUCCUCCUCUGCCGCUGACAUCAGCCUCCUCACUCACAUAUCCACCGUCGCUCUUACACUCCCCGCAGACGGCACCACCGUCUCCUCCGGCACCGUCACCGGAUCCACCACCGACUUCUCUUCCUCCAGCGCCAACGUCUUCUCACACUAUAGCGUCUUCUUCUCAGCAGGAUACCUCCUCCACGGUACCUGAUCAUGACUCUGGCUCCACUGAACCUCGUUCAGCGGACCGCACCCAACAAACAGUUCCAGGAUCAUCAUCUCAGCCGUCAACUACUCAAGCUCCAGCCGCACCGCCUCCUGCCAGAAUGCAAACUCGGAGUCGCAGUGGCAUAGUCAAACCAAAACAAAUCUUCUCCCUACACUCCGACAUUAUCUCUCCUCUGCCUCGAUCCCACCUUGCGGCAUUCAAAGAUCCCAACUGGAAUGAUGGAACACUUGCUCGUCAUAAAGAUCGCUUGGUGGCAAAUGGCAAAUCUCAGGAAGUUGGAAUUGAUUGUCAAGAAACCUUCAGUCCCGUUAUCAAACCGACGACGAUUCGCACAAUACUUGAUGUUGCUGUCUCUCGUGAUUGGCCUCUGCAUCAGCUUGACGUCAAAAAUGCUUUUCUUCAUGGCAAUCUUGAGGAAACAGUCUACAUGCAUCAACCGCCGUGUUUUGUUGAUCCUACGAAACCGGACUACGUGUGUCGUCUCCGGAAAUCCAUGUAUGGACUCAAACAAUCCCCCCGCGCCUGGUAUCAACGGUUUGCUCAAUACGCAACCAAACAGGGUUUCACUUGCAGCAAGAGUGAUACUUCUCUCUUCAUCCUACGUCGUGGCACUGAAAUAGCCUAUCUCCUUCUCUAUGUCGACGACAUCAUUCUCACUGCCUCCACAACAUCUCUUCUCAGGUCUAUUAUAUCCUCUCUCAAAUCUGAAUUUCCAAUGUCUGAUCUUGGGUUUCUUCACUACUUUCUUGGCAUUGUUGUACGCAGAGACAAGAAUGGAUUGUUUCUGGAUCAACGAAACUAUGCCGCAGAUAUCCUCCACAGAGCGAAUAUGUCUAACUGUAAACCGUGUCGUACUCCCGUUGACACUUCGGCCAAGCUCUGUGCAGACAUUGGCAAACCCGUCGACAAUCCGACACUCUAUCGCAGCCUCGCUGGUGCACUUCAAUACCUCACGUUUACCCGUCCUGACAUUGCCUAUGCGGUUCAUCAAAUAUGUCUCUACAUGCACGCUCCACGGAACCUCAUUUCACUGCGCUCAAACGUAUUCUGCGUUACCUCAAAGGUACAAUCACUCAAGGAUUACAAGUCAAACACAACGACUCUCACGGCAUACACAGAUGCUGAUUGGGGAGGAUGCCCCAAUACUAGACGCUCCACGUCUGGAUAUUGCUUGUAUCUUGGAGAUAAUCUUAUCUCUUGGUCCUCGAAACGACAGCCCACAGUGUCUCGGUCAAGUGCUGAAGCUGAGUAUCGAGGUGUGGCAAAUGUAGUGGCUGAAACGAUUUGGGUUCGCAAUCUGUUACUUGAGAUCCAUUGUCCGAUUUCCACCGCUACACUUGUCUAUUGUGAUAAUGUAGCUCUUGGUCAAGUCCGAGUCCUCCAUGUUCCUUCAUCUCAACAAUAUGCCGAUAUCUUCACGAAGGGGCUUCCUUCAGCACUCUUCAAUGAGUUCAAGUCCAGUCUUCGCGUUCGGGAACCUCACGUUCUGACUGCGGGAGGGUAUUAG